CAGAAGACGAGAUAGCGACAAUGAUCAGAGCAGCCCAGCUGAAUGGCAAGAAUCUCUCCGAUCCUAUCAAGAUGGUAGAGGACAAGUGGGAGCUGCUGCCUGCCUUCUUGAAAGUGAAAGGAUUGGUGAAACAGCACAUCGAUUCUUUCAACUACUUCGUCGAUGUGGAUCUCAAGAAUAUCAUCAAGGCCAAUGAAAAAGUCACGUCAGACAUCGACCCUAGAUUCUUCCUUCGGUAUACCGACAUUCGGGUGGGCCAUCCAGAGCGGGAUGACGCGGAUGCAAGCAACAAAACGAUCUUCCCUCACGAAUGCAGAUUGAGGGAUCUCACCUACUCGGCGGGAAUCUUCAUCAACAUCGAAUACUUCAGAGAUGGAAUGCUCGUGCGGCGAAGGAAUGUGCCCAUCGGCAAGAUUCCCAUCAUGCUGCGAUCCAACAAGUGUGUCUUGACUAACAAGUCUCAUGCCGAAUUGGCACGCAUGAACGAAUGUCCGUUGGACCCGGGAGGCUACUUCGUUGUCAAAGGAACCGAAAAGGUAAUUCUGGUACAAGAGCAGCUCAGCAAGAACAGGAUCAUCGUAGAGGCAGAUGCCAAGAAGGGUCUGGUACAGGCCUCAGUCACGAGUUCCACGCACGAGAGAAAGUCGAAGUCCUACGUCCUAACCAAGCAUUCGAAGAUAUUUCUGAAGCACAACUCUUUCCACGAAGACAUCCCGAUCGUCGUGGCUUUCAAGGCCAUGGGUAUUCAAUCCGAUAAGGAAAUCCUUCAACUCGUUGCUGGAAGCGAUGAAGCAUAUCAAGAGCUCUUCGCAAUCAACCUCGAAGAAGCGGCCCGUCUCAAUGUCUACACCCGCCAGCAAGCACUCACGUACAUCGGCCAUAGAGUCAAGAUGGCUAGGAGGCCAAUGGCGGUUCGGAGACCCAUAACCGAAGAGGCGAUUGAGGCCUUGGCUCAUCUCGUCAUGGCCCACGUAGAGGUGAAGGAUCUCAACUUCAGGCCAAAGGCUGUAUACGUUGCUGUAAUGGUCAGAAGGGUGUUGAUGUGCAUGCAGGACGAGAGCAUGGUUGAUGAUCGUGACUACGUCGGAAACAAGCGUCUGGAAUUAGCCGGCCAGCUUCUGUCUCUGCUCUUUGAGGAUCAGUUCAAGAAGUUCAACACGGACUUGAAGAUGAACAUCGACAAGGUCCUGAAGAAGCCGAACAGAACAGUCAAAUUCGACGCGUAUAACUGCAUAGCUUUCCACGGAGACUACAUCACCUCUGGCUUUGUCCGAGCAAUUUCGACAGGGAACUGGUCUCUGAAAAGGUUCAAGAUGGAAAGGGCUGGUAUCACCCACGUCUUGAGCAGACUUAGUUUCAUUGCCGCUCUGGGAAUGAUGACUCGAAUCAGCUCGCAGUUCGAGAAGACUCGUAAGGUGUCAGGACCCCGUGCCCUGCAACCUAGUCAAUGGGGAAUGCUUUGCCCUUCGGACACGCCGGAAGGAGAAGCUUGCGGUCUCGUCAAGAAUCUCGCGCUGAUGACGCACAUCACUACUGAUGUAGGUGAGGAAGCCAUUAGAGACGCUGCGUUCAUGCUCGGCAUCGAGGACAUCAACUUAAUCACUGGAGCGGAGCUCUACCGACCUGACUCCUACAUCGUGAUGAUCAACGGAAGCGUCUUGGGCCUCACGAGGUUCCCAGUCAAAUUCGUCACCUCGUUCAGGAAGCUGAGGAGACGCGGCAAGAUUUCUGAGUUCGUCUCGAUCUAUACCAACACCCAUCACCAACACGUUCACAUUGCCUCUGACGGAGGUCGAAUCUGCCGACCAAUGAUCAUUGUCGACGGCGGUCGAUCCCGAGUGCAAACAGGACACAUCGAGGAUCUCAAGAAGGGUAUCAAGACUUUCGACGACUUCCUUGCUGCUGGACUCAUCGAGUAUCUCGAUGUCAACGAGGAAAACGAUUCGCAUAUCGCUCUUUAUGAGCGUGAUAUCUCGUUUGCGACUACACAUCUGGAAAUUGAGCCGUUUACUCUUCUCGGAGCAGUCGCAGGCCUGAUUCCCUACCCUCACCACAAUCAGUCGCCCCGUAACACGUACCAGUGUGCCAUGGGUAAGCAAGCUAUUGGCGCAAUCGCCUACAACCAGCUCAACCGAAUAGAUACGCUCCUCUACCUCAUGGUAUACCCCCAGAAGCCCAUGGUCAAGACGAAGACGAUUGAGCUGAUCGGCUAUGAGAAGCUCCCCGCUGGCCAGAAUGCAAUGGUCGCCGUGAUGAGUUACUCAGGGUACGAUAUUGAGGACGCCUUGGUGCUGAACAAGGCUUCCCUAGAUCGAGGCUUCGGUCGUUGUCAAGUUAUGAAGAAGUCCACGACUCAACUCCGCAAGUACCCCAACGGAUCGCAUGACCGUAUCGGUGAUCCGCCUCUGCAAGAGGACGGCAGUCGGGUCAAGGGCUACGAUGUCCUGGAGUCCGACGGUAUCGCCGGUGUGGGAGAGCGGGUCGAUGCGGGCGACGUCUACGUCAAUAAACAGACGCCAACCAAUGCGAUGGACAAUUCUGCCAUGUCGCAGAGCGUUACUGCGAUGGGCUGGAAGAGUGCUGCUCUCAAAUAUAAGACGCCAGUGCCAUCCUACGUCGAUCAAAUUCUGAUGGCAGAUACCGACUCUGAUCAAACACUCAUCAAGACGCUUCUCCGCCAGACUCGAAGACCGGAGCUGGGUGACAAGUUCUCCUCUCGUCACGGUCAGAAGGGAGUGUGCGGUCUUAUUGUCCAGCAGGAGGACAUGCCCUUCAACGACCAAGGUAUCAACCCCGACAUUAUCAUGAACCCUCACGGUUUCCCCUCUCGAAUGACAGUGGGCAAGAUGAUCGAGCUUCUGGCAGGCAAGGCCGGUGUCAUCUCCGGUAAGCUGCAAUACGGCACUGCCUUUGGCGGUAGCAAAGUGGAGGACAUGAGUCAGAUCCUCAUUGAGAAUGGCUACUCCUAUGCCGGAAAGGAUUUCCUCACGAGCGGUAUCACUGGUGAGCCAAUGGAGUGUUACGUCUACUUUGGGCCGAUCUACUACCAGAAACUCAAACACAUGGUCAUGGACAAGAUGCACGCCCGAGCUCGCGGUCCUCGAGCUGUCCUCACCCGCCAGCCUACGGAAGGUCGAUCGCGCGAUGGUGGUCUGCGAUUGGGAGAGAUGGAACGAGACUGUCUGAUUGGGUACGGAGCUACUCAGCUCCUCUUGGAGCGACUGAUGAUCUCCUCGGACGCCUUUGAAGUCAAUGCUUGCCAGAAGUGCGGAUUCUUGGGUUACAAUGGCUUCUGCGUCUACUGCAAGAGCUCGAGAAACGUAGUCACAUUGACCAUUCCUUAUGCCACCAAGCUCCUCUUCCAGGAAUUGCUGGCGAUGCAGAUCUCACCUAGGCUGAUCCUCGAGGAUGCUGUUUGA